UUCAAAACAAAGAGGAGAGACGGGAGGCGUGUGCGGCGCGCGGGGCCCCGAGCUCCCCGGAUUGGCCGGGCCUCCGGGGGCUUCCGAUCUGCUGGGCGAAGAUGGAGGGGAGCCUUGAAGGCGGCUGUCUCUCGGGGCCCGACGGCCCCCGGGCCAACGGGGAGACCACGCAGGCCUGGGAGGGGCUGCUGAGCCGCUUGCAGAAGACCCUGGAGGUGCUGUCCCCGCAGGAGCUGCGCAAGUUCCGCUCCGUCCUUCAGAAGGUGGACGAGGAGCCGCGCGUGACCCCGCUGAGGCUGGAGCUGGAGGGCGGCAGCAUCGCGGGGCUGGCCCAGCUCCUCGCCAAGCACUACCACCCGUGGGCCGCGUCGCGCGUCAUCAUCAAGAUCCUGCGGCAGCUGCCCCGCACCGACCUGCUGCCGCUCUGGCAGAGCGACCCCGCCGACGGCCAGGUGAUCCCAAGAAAAGCUCUGAAGAGAAGCUAUGACUGUGUGGACGGUGACUUGGACUGUUACGACCUGAGGGGCCGGCGGGACGCUUUCCUCAUGUGUGUGAAGAGGAACAGGCCAGGGGCCGACCGCGAUGUCGUUCUCAUGAAGCAAUGGCUUCGCCAGUGCCAGUUUGAAUAUACGUCAUGCAUCGACCCUGACAAAAAGGAGUUACUUGAAAAACUAACAUCAUUUCGUGAUGGAUUAAAUGAAAUUAAAGAUGAAAUUAGCUGUUGCCUUGUCACUCUUAUGUCCCAUGGAGAAAAAGGCUAUAUUAAAAUAAAAGACGAUGAAAGAGUCAGCCUGGAAGAGAUUUUUGAAAUGUUUAAUAAUAAAAAUUGUCCAGCACUUCAGGAGAAACCAAAGAUCUUUAUAAUCCAGGCAUGCAGAGGAGAGAGAAGAGAUAGUGGUGUUGAAACAGAUGAUGAACCCAUGGACUUGGAUGACAUAUCCGAGAGGAAGAGGCUGCCCACGUUCAGUGAUUAUUUCAUCAUCUAUCCUACCCAGGCAGAUCACGUUGCGUUGCGGCACCCCCACACCGGCUCUGUGAUGAUUGAAGCAAUGACGGAAAUCUUUGAAAAGUAUGGGAAUAAGUGGCACAUCGCCGACUUUUUCACCAAAGUGAAUAACAAGGUGGUGCACACGGAAUUUUUCCUACGUGAGGAACCAAUAAAAGUAUCGCUUGUCAUGGAAUCCACUCUAACGAGAUCCGUGUACUUUUGACAUCAGGAUGGUUUAAAAAAUAAGGACUUCUUUAUAAUAGACUUUGUAAAGAACUGUGAGGCUUUGUAGCAUAGGUCAAAUGAGUAUAUCAUUUUGUAUUAUUUUUGUCACGAGUUGUAUUUCUCUAAUUUGUUUUGUAUACGUAUGUUGUUUUUAUAAGAUUUAACUCCGCGUAUUUGGAGUUUGUAAAUAAUUACUUUUUUUUUUUUUUACACUGAAUUUCUUAUUUCCUGAACUGUUAUGAAAACAUGGAAGUCCAGCCCCAUGUGUGUGCUGUUUUAUCAUGUACUUCUCUUGCUGAUCACCCCCAUCGGCUCCACUGUCCGUUUGGUGCCCCGGUAUUAACCUUUUGCACUCGGAUGUCGAGUGUGACUCGACACGGUUAGCAUCGGUAGCAGCUCGAGAAAAAAGCAAGCAAGUGCAAAGGGUUAAGCCUCAUCUUCUUGGCUUAGUAUUCCGGAACUGCCUUUAUGUUGUCUUCCCCUGGUUCACCUGUUUCCCCGUAUUGUUGUCUGCGGCCAGGCUGAUCUCCUUUUUGACUUCCUAAGCCACCCCCAAGUCUGACCUUGGGUAUCUCUACUUGUCCUUUGUGUCUUGGAUGCCUUCAUGUUUUCACCCCCCCACCCGUUCUCCGGCCUCCUCCUCGUUGCCUUGGUACCUUUGAAUGAACUGCUGCUUUCUGCCUGGCACACUCUGUUCCACCCCAUAGGUUAAGUCCCUUCUGUCCUUCCAAGUUUAGUUCAAGCAUCCUUGCAAAGGGAUGCUCUCCGCAGCCCCUCACGCUAGGUCAGCCCUUCUUCAGUACUCGGAGACCCUCUGCUUUUCUUCUGUGGCAUUUAACACUACUGUCCUUACAUGGCUGUGCCGUGGCUGUUAGUCUCGCUCCCCGUUCAGUUGUAAGCUCCAAGAGGCACAGGCCACGUGUCUUACUCGUAACUGGAUUCCAGCUUCCAUCUGUGCCUUACGACAGAGAGAAGCCCUGUAAGAAACAUUUAGCAAAUGACUGAUCCAUCUUUUCAUUACUGUAUCCAUUCCUCAGACCUCGCCUCAUUACCUCUGUGCCUAUCUAGCCACACGCUAGUCAUCCCCACCCAUGUGUCCCAUGGCCACUU